AUGCUUGAGUUCCGUCCGCGUGGAUCCACGGCGGCGACGGCGGUGCUUCUGCUUGCAAACUCGACAUCCGCGUUCGCUGCGCAGGUGACAAGCAAAGUGACGCCCAAAACAGCUGAUGCUCCUGGUCCAUAUCAGUCGCCUUCGACAUGUCCUUCCCGAAGUAUCAACUAUAUUACGCAUUCGCUUCCGCAGCAAUGUUUUACAGCAAGCUGGGCCAGUCGAGUACCUAGUCAGAGCAACAGUACGGUCUCUCCUACAAGUACCGUGAUUGAGGGUCGGAACUUCGUACUAGUCACUUCGACGGUAACCACAGUCAGUGAGCAUAGUCGCGACCAGCUAGAUCAAGAGACGCAACCCAAAAGUCAGGACCCGCUGGAUGCAACAUCAACGGUACCGGACAGCAAGAACACCGCUUCUUCCUCCGAGAAACUACCACAAAUUUCUCGUUCGAUAAGCUCUGAGAUAGUACAAGAAACCGAAACGGACUCACCGCUUGAUAACGCAAACUUUCUAUCUUUCGAAGAAUGGAAGAAGAAGAACCUCGAGAAGGCAGGGCAGUCGGCCGAGAAUCUGGGCGCGAAGUCAGGUGCAAAGGAGCAACGGAGGAGACCUGGAGGUAUUAGCAAUGCUUUGGACUCCCUUGGAGAGGAUGCAGAAAUUGACAUCGACUUUGGUGGGUUUGCAAGCCAAGGGCCUAUGGCAAAUGCGCCGCUUUUGAAAGGAGCGCAGGUUCGGGAUUCAGACUCUCUGGAGAACAUCCAGCAAGCUCGGGAGCGGUUGCCGUCAGAAAAUGCUGCCGUUCGGAAGAGACCAAGAGAUGCUGGGAAGACUUGCAAAGAAAGGACCAACUACGCUUCCUACGACUGCGCUGCCACCACCCUAAAGACUAAUCCAGAAUGCAAGAGCCCUUCUGCAAUCUUAGUGGAGAACAAAGAUAGCUACAUGCUGAACAUCUGCACGGCGAAGAACAAAUUCUUUAUCGUGGAGCUAUGUAAUGACAUCCUCAUCGAUACCAUCGUGCUAGCCAAUUUUGAAUUCUUCAGCUCCAUGUUCCGAACGUUCAGAGUCAGCGUUUCUGACAAUUACCCGGUCAAACUUGAUAAAUGGAAAGAGCUUGGAACAUACGAUGCACAGAACAGUCGAAAUAUACAGGCCUUUCUUAUCGAAAACCCUUUGAUAUGGGCUCGAUAUCUUCGUGUCGAAAUGUUAUCGCAAUAUGGCAACGAGUACUAUUGUCCUGUGAGCCUUCUGCGCGUACAUGGGACUACGAUGAUAGACGAAUUCAACAGCGAGAUGAAGAGUGUCGGAGGAGAAGAUGAAGGGGAGGGCGAGGGAGAGCAGAUUUCGGGGGAGAUAUCUGAUCAACUACCACCACAAUUAGGUACAUCAGAGGUGCGCCAGGAAUCCACGGCAGCCGGCUCUCGAGCAUCCUCAAGUUAUGUACUGGACUCCACCUCUAGACUCACUGAGACUCUGGCAAGAGACGCAGCAUCAACAGCAUUUCCAUCACCGCGAGACUCCACUUCCGCGCCACAAAAAGUAGGCACCGAACUUACCAGGCGUAAUUCUACUGUUGUAGGUCAAUUGGAAGACUUAUUCGGCCCAUGGCUCGAUCUUCUGCAGACCUGCUCGCCUUCACCGAAUUACGUUACUACAAAGCUAUCGAAUCCAGAGUCUCCCAUGAGCGCUCCCGUGCUUCCCACGGCUCAUGGCAUUAUUUCUCCUUCCAAGGCUGCUCUGACCACGAUAUCACCGUCGAGCGCAACUCAGGCUCCAAGCUUGGAAACCACUUCAAUUCUUUUGGGCACUAACGAAAGUAUCAUUUCCCUGUCCAGUUCGGCGGCCUCUGUGUCUAACGCGAUCCAAAAUACCAUCAAAAGUGUCGCAAGUAAGGUCAACUCCACGACGAUCAGCAGCGUCAAGGCUCAGGCCUCAUCAAACCAGCAGCCGCCCUCCAACCCUACGACCCAGGAGUCCUUCUUCAAAUCCGUCCACAAGCGCCUACAAAUGCUGGAAGCCAACUCCACCCUUUCGCUUCAGUACAUCGAGGAGCAAUCACGUAUCCUGCGUGACGCUUUCUCAAAAGUCGAGAAGCGACAACUUAGCAAGUCGACGACCUUUCUUGAGACACUCAACUCCACUGUACUCACCGAACUCCUCGAAUUUCGUCGCCAGUACGACCAAAUAUGGCAGUCCACUGUCCUGGAGCUUUCCUCCCAGCGCGAGCAAUCUCAGCAAGAAGUCUUUGCCCUCUCCACCCGACUAACCCUCCUUGCCGACGAAAUUGUCUUCCAGAAACGCAUGACCAUUCUACAGUCCCUGCUCAUUCUCCUCUGCCUCGGCCUUGUUAUCUUCUCGAAAAGUGGCUCUUCCUCCUCGUACAUGGAGUUUCGCCCCUUCGUUCAAAAUGCAAUCAACAAAUCCUCAGCCAAUCUCUCUCGCUAUGCAACGCAUCUUGAAUCACCUUCUUCAAGCCCUUCGGCUUCCCGCCCACCUUCUCGGUAUGGCUUAUUCAGGAGCUUGACGCAUCGGCGGAGUCCGAGCGAGGAGUCUUACGUUUCGAAGCCGAACAUUGAGUACUCACCACCAACACCGGAGUCGCAGGGCUCGAUGAAUGAUGAGCUUGGAAGUUCGCCUGGCCAGGCUAGUCAAAUGGAUGGAGAUAAUAGUGACGGGCCACCUGAGGCCGAACAGGAAGUUCGGUCUAAGAGCAGCCCAGUCACACCAGAGGCGAGUCCAGAUGGGAAAAGGCAUCUCGUUAGGGAUGUGUUUCUAACUACCGAUUCGCCUGUGAAGAGGGGCGAGGGCGAGCACAGGUAA